AAUCUUCAAUCCGUCUAUCUGGCUACUGACCCCAAAGAUAAUAUAGAAACUCUCUCCCUUCACAUCUUUCUUCUUCACACACGCUCUUUCUCUCCGUGAUACACAGAUAUUAAAUAUUAUGCAAACUACACAAUCUCUCAGUAGUCUCUGACUUACGAUUUCUCUCUUGUAAAUUCUAGAAUCGCUGCCAUUUGCUGACUGAACAUUUUAUGUGGAGCUUUGAACGCUAGAAAUUGCUUUGAACGCUGGCAGUUUUGAUUCACUUGUACUUUGAGUUGUUCUAAAACGAAAGGUCCGUGAGAUUGGAAGUUACAGUGUGAUGGAGCAGAAAAGAGGAGGAUUGGUACCGCUCUCUCCAUCGCAGACUCCACGCUCGAAUGAUAGGCCAGUGCGAGAUCUGCGAUCUGCUGAUUCUAAUUCUAAUUCAAGUAGUCAUAAGUAUGAUAAAGACAAGGGCGUCAAUGUGCAGGUCCUUGUUCGUUGCAGGCCACUGAGUGAGGACGAAAUGAGACUACGUACGCCGGUUGUGGUCUCAUGUUACGAGGGUAGAAGGGAAGUUUCAGCAGUACAGAACAUUGCCAAUAAGCAGAUCGAUAGAACCUUCGCGUUUGACAAGGUCUUUGGUCCUGCGUCUCAGCAGAAAGAAUUGUAUGAUCAGGCAGUGUCUCCUAUUGUAUAUGAAGUGCUCGAGGGCUAUAAUUGCACAAUAUUUGCAUAUGGGCAGACAGGAACAGGCAAGACAUAUACAAUGGAAGGGGGUGCAAGAAAGAAGAAUGGAGAAUUUCCGGAUGAUGCUGGUGUCAUCCCAAGAGCUGUUAAGCAGAUUUUUGACAUAUUAGAAGCUCAAAGUGCAGAAUAUAGCAUGAAAGUUACAUUUUUAGAGCUUUACAAUGAGGAGAUAACAGAUCUCUUGGCACCUGAGGAGACUUCAAAAUUUGUGGAUGACAAAUCUAAAAAACCUAUAGCUCUUAUGGAGGAUGGAAAAGGAGGUGUUUUUGUCAGAGGUUUGGAAGAAGAGAUUGUUUGCACAGCCAAUGAAAUUUACAAAAUAUUAGAAAAAGGUUCUGCAAAAAGGCGUACAGCUGAAACUCUUCUUAACAAGCAAAGUAGCCGUUCUCACUCAAUAUUUUCUAUCACAAUUCACAUUAAGGAAUGUACUCCUGAGGGUGAAGAAAUGAUCAAAUGCGGGAAAUUGAAUCUUGUUGACCUUGCUGGCUCUGAGAACAUAUCACGUUCUGGUGCAAGAGAGGGGAGAGCAAGGGAGGCUGGUGAGAUAAAUAAAAGCUUGCUGACACUUGGCCGUGUGAUUAAUGCUCUGGUUGAGCACUCAGGUCAUGUUCCAUACAGGGAUAGCAAAUUAACAAGACUGUUGAGAGAUUCCUUGGGAGGUAAAACCAAGACUUGCAUAAUUGCCACAAUAUCACCUUCCAUCCAUUGUCUGGAAGAAACGCUUAGUACUCUGGAUUAUGCCCAUCGUGCCAAAAAUAUUAAGAACAAACCUGAGAUCAAUCAGAAGAUGAUGAAAUCUGCACUCAUUAAGGAUUUAUAUUCUGAGAUUGACAGAUUAAAGCAAGAGGUUUUUGCUGCUCGAGAGAAGAAUGGUAUCUACAUACCACGUGAUCGUUAUCUUACUGAAGAGGCAGAGAAGAAGGCAAUGGCUGAAAAGAUAGAGCGCAUGGAACUUGAAGCAGACUCUAAGGAUAAGCAACUGAUGGAGCUUCAAGAACUCUACAAUUCUCAGCAACUUCUGACCACUGAAUUGAGUGAUAAACUUGAGAAGACAGAGAAAAGUCUAGAGGAAACUGAACGAUCAUUGUUUGAUCUUGAGGAAAAGCACAAACAAGCUAAUGCAACGAUCAGGGAAAAGGAAUUUCUGAUAUCAAAUCUACUGAAAUCUGAGAAAGCACUAGUGGAGAGUGCAAUUGAGCUACGAGCAGAGCUGCAGAAUGCAGCAUCAGAUGUGUCCAGCCUAUUUGCUAAAAUCGAACGAAAGGAUAAAAUUGAAGAUGGAAACAGAAUACUCAUUCAGAAAUUUCAGUCUGAGUUAGCUCAACAGCUUGAAGUUUUACACAAGACUGUUGCAACAUCUGUAAUGCAACAAGAGCAGCAGCUAAAGGACAUGGAAGAAGAUAUGCGAUCAUUUGUCUCAACAAAGGCAGAGGCUACUGAAGAACUUCGAGUAAGGGUGGAAAAAUUAAAAAACAUGCAUGGUUCUGGCAUGAAAGCCUUGGACAAUUUAGCCGAGGAGAUUAAAGAAAAUAACCAGUUGGCUUUUGAAGACUUGAAUUCUGAGGUAGCCAAGCAUUCAUCUGCCUUGGAGGAUCUUUUUAAAGGAAUUGCCUUAGAAGCUGAUUCAUUGCUCAAUGAUCUCCAAAGUAGUCUCCACAAGCAAGAGGCCAAGUUAACUGCUUAUGCACAACAACAGCGAGAGGCACAUGCUAGAGCAGUGGACACAACACGUGCAGUAUCUAAAAUAACAGUCAACUUCUUUGAGACAUUAGACAUGCAUGCAUCCAAUCUAACCCAAAUUUUAGAAGAAGCACAAGCUGUCAACGACCAGAAAUUGUGUGAACUGGAAAAGAAAUUUGAGGAGUGUACUGCUAAUGAAGAAAGGCAAUUAUUAGAGAAAGUGGCAGAAAUGAUAGCUAGUUCAAAUGCCAGAAAGAAAAAGCUGGUUCAAAUGACAAUUAAUGAUCUUCGGGAGAGUGCAAAUAGUAGAACCAGUAAGCUGCGGCAAGAAACACAAACCAUGCAAGAGUCCACUUCUUCUGUCAAAGCAGAAUGGAGAGCUCACAUGGAAAAAACAGAAUGCAACUAUCAUGAGGGUACUUCUGCUGUGGAAUCUGGAAAGAAGGACCUUGAGGAGGUUCUACAGAACUGUCUCAGCAAGGCAAAAAUUGGUGCACAACAAUGGAAGAACGCCCAGGAAUCAUUGGUUAGCCAGGAGAAGAGAAAUGCUGCUUCUGUGAAUACAAUAGUGAGGCAAGGAAUAGAAGCCAAUCAAGCGUUACGUGCUCGAUUUUCAAGUGCUGUGUCAACUACACUUGAAGAUGCAGAGAUAGCAAACAAGGAUAUCAAUUCAUCCGUUGAUCAUUCUUUACAACUUGACCAUGAUGCAUGUGGCAAUCUAAACUCCAUGAUUAUUCCAUGCUGUGGCGAUUUGAGAGAACUGAAAGGCGUCCAUCACCACAAAAUUGUUGAGAUAACUGAGAAUGCUGGGCAUUGUCUUCUGAACGAAUACAUUGUGGACGAACCAUCUUGUUCAACACCGAGAAAGAGACCAUUCAAUUUACCCAGCAUAUCAGCCAUAGAAGAACUAACAACCCCGCCAUUUGAGGAGCUAUUGAAGUCGUUCUGGGAUGCGAAAUCUCCAAAACUAGCAAACGGAGAUGUUAAACACGUUGGAUCUUACGAAGCUGCUCUGUCGGUGAGAGAUUCCAGAUUGCCUCUCACUGCUCUCAAUUAGGACAGAGACAGCCCCGUGUAAAUAGCAUAUUGCUCAGAUACAUGGUUCUAUGAGUUAUGACAUGACGUAUUCAUUUAUUUUUUUUAAAUGAAAAAAAUGCGGAUCAUGGCUGUGGAGACGCGAUAUAGAUAAGUUUUUCUUCCCGGUUUAGUUUUGCGGAAUUAGUUUUACUUCCGCAACAUGAUGAUGGUUCAUCUAUUGAUGUCAGCUGCAAUUGGAUCGAUAAUACUAUGGUUUUGGGGGUGUUGUGUUUAA